ACCUGACAGUCCAGCAUCCCCGCUGUGUGGAUUUAACAACUUUAAACAGAAAUGCUACUUUUUGCUUCUAAUUAUCGAAGGUGAAAGGUGAAUUAAAACUGGCUGUCUGGCAAGUCUUAGCAGGGACUGAUUUCCUAAGAGUGAAGGAGGAGGUUUUUUUUCCUUUCUUUCCAUUUAAUAGAUUGCUUUCUGAACUGACUGUGGACUGUGGAGAGAGUGCUUGGUAUUGCUAAGCAAACUGCAUUACUAAAAGAUCAUCGUAACACUGGAGACACAUCACCAGGCAGUGAGACUGUGGAAUGACAGGGCACUAACAGUCCAUAAGCCAAUAUCAUUGUAAGACUAGCUCUGGCUUACAUAUUGUAAUGAAGCAUGACAAAUAGGAAAUGUGUGCUGGGAUGUAAAAGGGACGGAUUCCUCUAAGGAAUUCCCAAAGAACUGAAAAGAGAGUUGUUCUCUAAACUCAACCAGAGGAGGUAAAAACUGUUGCAGAAGAAGUCAUCCAACUGUUUUGAAGCCAUGGCAUAUACCAUGAUCACUGCAUUGCUUACCUAUGGACUUCAUGUAAUGGCCUCUAUGGCAUUAGACACAAGGCAGCCAAGACUUCGAGCAUCAUAUAAAGAGCUCUGGGACUUAAACAGGACAUCAAUUUUCCAAAAUCCAUUUCUUGACCUUCGAAUCAUGAAUUUGGAUGAAUAUCAAGAAAGAUUGUUUGUUGGAGGAAAAGAUUUUGUGUACUCUCUGAGCUUGGAGCAAGUCAGUGAUAACUACAGACAGAUACACUGGCCAAGUACUGAACAACAAAUAACUGAGUGCUACAAUAAAGGAAGAGAACAGAGUGAAUGUUCAAAUUUUAUCCGUGUUAUUCAGUAUUAUAAUAAAACCCAUCUUCUGGCAUGUGGAACAGGAGCCUUUGAUCCAGUGUGUGCAUUUUUAAGAGUUGGACUACGUUUUCAGGAGCACAUAUUUCAUCUUGAGCCACAGAAAACAGAGAGAGGACGUGGGAGAUGCCCUUAUGAUCCAGACUCUUCAGUUGUUUCGACCUUUACUGGUGGGGAGUUAUUUUGUGGUCUCUACAACGAUUUCUGGGGAAAGGAUGCCACUCUUUUUAGAAGUAUGGGACAUUUACCACAGAUUCGAACAGAUUACGAUGAAGAUCAUAUUCUAAAAGAACCAAAGUUUGUAGGCUCCUACAUGAUACCAGAUAAUGAUGACAAUGAUGACAAUAAAGUGUACUUCUUUUAUACUGAGAAGGCUGUCGAAGGAGAUGGAGUUCAUGCUAUUUAUUCCAGAGUGGGGAGGGUCUGUGCAAAUGAUGUUGGAGGAAAGAGAAUGAUGGUGAAUAGGUGGAGUACCUUUCUGAAAUCUAGACUAAUUUGUUCAGUUCCAGGACAAAAUGGAAUUGAUACACAUUUUGAUGAACUUGAAGAUGUUUUCUUGCUGCAGACCAGAGAUAGUAAGAAUCCCAAGAUAUUUGCUCUAUUCAGCACUACAAGCAAUAUUUUUAAAGGAUAUGCAAUAUGUGUGUAUCAUAUGAGCAGUAUCAGGGAAGCAUUUAAUGGCCCUUAUGCUCACAAGGAAGGCCCCGAAUACCAUUGGACAAAGUAUGAGCGAAAAGUACCUUACCCAAGGCCAGGCUCUUGUGCCAGCAAGGUGAAUGGAGGCCACUAUGGUACUACAAAAGAUUAUCCAGACGAAGCACUGCGCUUUGCUAGAAGCCAUCCACUCAUGUACGAGUCUAUUAAGCCUGUUCAUAGAAGACCGAUUCUUGUCAAAGCAGAUGGAAAGUACAACCUGAAAAAAAUUGUGGUUGAUAGGGUUGAGGCUGAAGAUGGUCCAUACAAUGUUCUCUUCCUUGGAACAGACCAAGGUACAGUACUGAAAGUUAUCACUAUUUAUAAUAAAGACACUGAGACAAUGGAAGAAGUUAUCCUUGAAGAACUUCAAGUUUUUAAGGAGCCAUCUCCUAUUAUUACAAUGGAAAUAUCAACAAAAAGACAACAACUUUACAUUGGAUCCAGAUCUAGUGUUGUGCAAGUAAAGAUCCAUCAUUGUGAGAUGUAUGGCACAGCAUGUGCAGAUUGCUGUCUAGCUCGAGAUUCUUAUUGUGCUUGGGAUGGGCUCUCCUGUACAAGGUAUUAUCCAUCGGCAGCACCAUCUAAAAGGCGAUUUAGAAGACAAGAUGUUCGUCAUGGGAAUGCAGUGCAACAGUGCUCUGGGCAACCAUUUCAUGGAGAGACUUUUGAGAAGACCGAAGAACACAAUGUAUAUGGUGUAGAACACAACAGCACUCUUUUGGAAUGCAUGCCGCGCUCCUUACAGUCUAAAGUCAUCUGGGUCGUACAGAAAGCACAUGAAACAAGAAGAGAAGAGGUUAAAACAGAUGAGAGAAUUAUCAAAACAGAAUAUGGACUUCUGUUUCUAAAGCUCCAUCGGGCAGAUGCUGGGGUGUAUUUUUGUCAAACCAUUGAACAUACGUUUGUACAUAUCAUUCGAAAAAUAACCCUUGAGGUUGUGGAAGAAGAUCGAGUGGAUGAUCUGUUUAAUAAAGAAGAGGAUGAGGAAACUGGACAGAAGAUACCUUGUCAAGUUCAAACCAACAUCCCACAUAUCUCUAAACCAUGGUAUAAGGAGUUUCUACAACUUAUUGGGUACAGUAAUUUUCAGAAGGUAGAAGAAUACUGUGAAAGAGUGUGGUGCACAGAUAAAAAAAGAAAAAGACAAAAAAUGUCACCAAACAAAUUGAAAUAUGGAAACCCACAGGAACGGAAGUCAAAAAAAUCUGAGCAUUAUCGUACUCCAAGGCAUAUAUCUGGUCCAUAAGUGAAUCUUGCACAGCUUUCUUUGGGAAUUUAAACUUUAAAAAUCUUUAUUUUCAUAUUAAUGCAAAAAGACUAGAAGCAUUACAUCUGUAGUGAACUUUUCUAUCUAUUCAAGACUAUGGACUGUUCAGGCAUUAUGUAAAUAUUUCUUCCAUUGUAUACAAAUUUAUAUAUUUUAUUCUUGUUCCAGUUUUUUUUAUGUUUGCUCUUGUAUAUAAUGCAUUUACAUUUUGACACCUUUCCAAAUUCAUAUUUUUGAAUUUAUUUUCCAGUGGCAAUUCAGCUGUUAUUUUUGAAAGAAAAAAAUGUGCAAGGUUUGAACAAGAGAGUCCUGAUCCUCCCAUAUGUGAAAAUCAAAUUGCUAAUGGAAGCCACAAGCCAUACAUUGUAUACCAGGAGAGUGACUUCCAUCAAUCAGAGGCAGCGCAAGUUAUAUGUUCUAGUGCUGCAGUGAGAAUUA